AUGUACCAGCUGAUGGAAGAAGGUUCCAGUUACGGAGCAAACAGCACAGAUAAAAAUGUGUCGAUGGACCAAAGGGACAAACAGCUCCGGGUGAAACUCUGCAGCAGGUCUUGCCACGCUGAGCAGAUCCUCCAGACCCUCAACGCCUAUCGGCAGGACGGCAUCUUCACGGAUGUGGUGCUUGUGAUGGACGGGCAGGAGUUUCCUUGCCACCGCGCCACGUUGUCAGCCAAUAGCGCUUACUUUCGGGCUAUGUUUGCCGGGGGACUGAAGGAAGGCGACCAAGGCACCGUCCGCCUCCAAAAGAUCUCUGCGCACAGCAUGAGUCUCGUCCUGGACUACAUGUAUGGAGGGCACGUCGCCAUCCAGGAAGACAACGUGGAAGGACUGUUGGAGUUGUCCAGUUUGCUUCAGAUCCCCAAACUCAAAGACGCUUGCGCCGCCUACUUGGAAGCCCAGCUCCACCCUUGCAACUGCUUGGGCAUCAUGAGGUUUGCCGACUCCUUUUCCAUCCCAUCUCUGGCCAAGAAGAGCAAGAGGCUCGUGCUGGAAGGUUUUGUGGAGGUGUCUCAUCACGAGGAGUUCCUGGAGCUGGACGCGGCGGAGCUGGGGCUGUGCCUUGCGAGCGAGCGGCUGGCGGUCCCCAAAGAGGAAGCGGUCUUCGAAGCGGUGAUGCGGUGGGUGCGCCACAACGUGGCCUCCAGGAAAGGGACUCUGAAGGAUCUGCUGGCGCAGGUGCGCCUCCCUCUGCUGGACCCCGUGUACUUCCUGGAGAAGGUGGAGAUGGAUGAACUCAUCCAAGAGUCCAAAGACUGCAUCCCUUUGCUGCAAGAAGCCCGCAAGUACUAUAUCCUGGGCAUGGAGGUCAGCUCUCCACGCUCUAGGCCCAGAAGAUUCAUGGAAUUAGCAGAGAUGAUUGUUGUGAUUGGCGGCUGUGAUAAGAAAGGAAUUUUGAAGCUCCCUUUUGUGGAUCUGUUCCAUCCCGAAAGAAAAGAGUGGAAGCCGCUCUCCGGUAUGCCCGGAUGUACCAAAUCUGAGUUUGCGGCCUGUACGCUGAAGAAUGAUGUGUACAUCUCAGGCGGCCACAUCAGCAGCAGGGAUGUUUGGCUGCUGAGCUCCCAGCUGAAUGUCUGGAUCAAGGUUGCCUGCUUGCAAAAAGGCCGAUGGAGACACAGGAUGGCCAGCCUCCACGGAAAGGUACUUCUCUUUACUUGCACUGCGCUUGGCUGUUUUAGGUGGAUCUAUGCCGUGGGUGGGUACGACGGCUUUUACCGCCUGGCCAGCGUGGAAUGCUACGACCCCUUCUCCAACAGCUGGAAGGCCGUCGCACCUUUGCUAGAAGCAGUGAGUUCAGCAGCCAUCGUCUCCUGCCUCAACAAGCUCUAUGUGAUUGGCGGUGCGAUGGAUGAUGGGGCCAACACAGAGAAGGUGCAGUGCUAUGACCCCGAGCGAAAUAACUGGGGCCUUCUGUCUCCUGCCCCUUUCAGCCAGAGAUGCGUCAGUGCUGUCGCUUUGGAUCACUUGAUCUAUGUUGUCGGAGGACUCCUGAGUAAAAUCUUCAGCUACGAUCCCCAAAACGACACUUGGAGUGAAGUGGCAUCCCUGCCUGGACCUCUAGAGAGCUGCGGAGUCACUGUGUGCGAUGGCAAGAUCUACAUCCUGGGGGGCAGAGAUGAAAAUGAAGAAGGCUCUGACAAAGCAUUCACUUUGGACCCGGAGACCGGCAUCGUGGCACCUCAGCCCCCUUUACAGCGCUGUACCAGUUACCACGGUUGCGUGACCAUCCUGCGGCACAUGAGCAGAUGACCUGGGGGCCGAACCCCCUUU